UCUGCGAUCCACUCGUCAUUCCUUCCUUCCUCGCACGCUCCUUCUUCUCCGUCGGCACCGCACUCUCCACGAGCGGUUACCCACCACCACUCCAUCCCCAUCUCAUCCUCCCUCCUCUGAUCGAUCGCCUCAGUCUCGAUUCCGCGAUAUAUUCUAUCCCUAUCGAUCCCUUCGACUCCGGUCACCUGCGGUCGCCCGCCCCCUUGGAGAUCUGGCCCCCGAUCGAUGGAUCCACCCAAUUCGGUGGAUUCGUGUUAUUCGAGCGAGCACGCGGUCUAUGAGAUCUAAACGAAUUUGGUUCCGGACUUGUGAAACGGCCGAUCGCUGCUGCUGUUGAUCUAUUGAUAUCGGCUUCUGCAUCCGUGUGAAGUUUCCAUCUUUUGAGAUUAUUUCCCCUCUUUCGGGGAGAAGGAUUUGUGUGACUGGCGCUGGGUAAUUUGGGUCGGCGAUGGUGGAUUGCCGGAGCUUGAUCGAGUUCUGCAGGACCUUCGAGCAGCACCGGCACAUGGGCAACACCCAGGCGUCUUCCGAUCACCGGAGUGGUCAGUCGAGGAGAAAGAGCAAGUCUUUGAACCCCCCGUCCCACCCCUUGUGCGAGCUCACCCCUUUUGCCGCCAUCGACAUCGUGAUGCUGCUCUUGGUCCUCGGAGCGCUCGCCGGUCUCACAGUCCCCGACAUCAAGUUGAUCUUCCGGGAAGCGUAUGACCUCCUGCCGGCCGCGAUCGACGUCAUGGGCGAUGUCCUCUACGACGCCCCCAUCGCUUAUGCCGCCGGAUUGGUUUUCAUGUUCGUCACCGUGGUCGCCGCCUGGGAGUUCUUCAAUUACCAGAUGAGGAAGUGCGGCAAUCCCUACUGCAAGGGUCUACGUAAAGCCGUGGACUUUGAUAUCCAGCUCGAGACAGAGGCGUGCGUCAGGUGCUUGCCGCCGCUGCCAACGGGCGCAUUUGGGACGCGCCCCUUGAACUUGGGACGGGAUCAAAAGGAACUCGAGGCUGAGCUAAAGAAGAUGGCACCCCCCAACGGACGCACAGUCCUCAUCUUUCGCUCUCCUUGCGGGUGCCCGGCAGGAAGAAUGGAGGUUUGGGGGCCAAAGAAAGCGCGUAGGACCAAGAAGUAGGCAGGAAUACAUGCUGCAUCCUCUAGUACUAGGUCUUUUUCUUGUUCUCCUAUAGCAAAUAACCAGUUAAAAACAUGGACUAUGAGAGAUACCCUUCCCUCUGUCAAAGAAGAUAAAGAUAUGGGCUGUGUGGUUCCACAUGUUCUGGGGGAAUACUGGAUUCCCCUUUACUACUCAUACAUCAGCAAAACAGUAUUAUUAAUAACUAAUCUCUUAGAAUUCAGUAA